AUGUCAACGGGAUCGUCGCCGUCACGGCUGCUUAGCGAAAGUUUAGGAAAUUUUCACAUCAGCUCGCCAACAAAGUUCAAGUCCUAUGUCGAGAACGACCAAUUCGAGGGUUCCAACUUCAAUUCGCAAACAAAAGACACGACCAGUGGCAAGAAUUACGUGCGCAAACUUGGCAACUGGUCGGUUAACUACGGUACUGUCCAGCAGCAUGGUACGGAUGCUGAAAAUGCCGAACCGCCACAAUGGAAACAGUAUAUGGAUGAGCAGGCCGCUCAUCAGGAUCUACACGAUAAGGACAGAGAUGCCCUUGAUCCCAGAUCAAACCUUGUGGUGACGUCUUCCUUGAGUGACAUCUCUUUGAUUCCCACUAACACGUUCAAACACCGUGCCCCCAAGCCUGCAAAUGUAGAUUCCAAUAUGGAUUCUGAAUACAGUGUGGUACGCGAUGGAGAUUCGGCGGUAGAUACCGACGUAGAUCCAGCUCGGGAAGCGCUGGGGGUCUUCAACAAUGUCUUACGGCAUCAAAAGUCUAAUUUCUUCUCUCAGGAGCCAGAAAAUAUGAAUGCUAAAUCUAUUUCCGAAGAAUACGAUUCCACAAGCUCAGCAGCGUCAACCUCAUCCUAUGAUUCUUUUGACCCAUCACUUUCUCCGAGCUUGCGCCAGCGCCCGUCCGAACCGCCUAAAGCGAUGUCCAAAGGACCCUCGAGGCCACUCCAACAGGCAGGCUCUCCCAGAAGAACAUUGAAGUUGAUAACCCCUGAAGACGCAGGCAUGAUCUUCAAUUACAAAGAAGGCGUGUGGGAUCAACCUUCCAACGCAGCCGAUAUGUCUACGAGCGGAGCGCAGGACGAGUCUUCGCAAAGUAAAAUCGUUUCAUUCAAGCUGCCGCGCACUCGACCCGAACGUUCCAUAGUGGACGACACCCCACUCUCUACUCCGCAGGUUGAUCGUAAGUUCCUCUCCCAAGGUGAUUUUAUCGAAGAGUCGCAAAGCAGAUCCACAUCGGAUAAAAGUACUUCUACAAUGCGCCAUAUAUCACCCAUGCCGGCUGAUACUACUCACAACCUCGUAGAUAAUGUCACAAGUGUAUCUGAGGUCGAUUCAUCGUUUCGAAUUGCAAAAAGUGCUGUCAUAUCAGCUUUAGUUGACACGAUACCGAGAAAAGAGGCUUGGGAGCAUGUUACCGAGCUCUCUUUAAAAAAUCGCGGGCUAGGUAGCUUGGUGGGACUGAAGGAAAUGACGCCUGGGCUUGUGGAGCUUAAUGUUUCCGAAAACAACAUCAAUUCGUUACAGGGAGCCCCUCCUCGGAUUGUUAGACUGUGUUGUUCUAACAACCGGAUAGGCUCCUACUGCAGGCUGGAUGGGCUGGAACAUUUGGAAGACUUAGACAUGUCACAUAACCUGCUAUCCACAAACCUAUCGUUACUGGCAGGCUGCCUUCACUUGCGUGAUGUAAAUCUAGCCCAAAAUAGCAUCGUAUCCCUACAGGGGCUUUCGGAGUCGAGAGCUAGAGUGGAAACCUUGAACUUAGCACGCAAUAGGCUCAUUGGUCCCUUGGAUUUUGCGGAGUUCGUUUCACUAGAACGCGAUCGACCCAAUUUUUUGACCCACCUUCGAGAACUAGAUCUAUCUGGUAAUAAGAUUACAAGGAUCAAAAACUUACAUCUACUGAAAAACCUGAGGGUGCUAAAGCUGGACGGCAAUCCGUUGGAGUCACUGACGGGAAACAACAGCUCAAGCUUGAGGAACCUCGGCUUGCUUGGCUGCAGUGCCCUUGAAUCUCUAGGGCACUUUCCACAAUUGCGCAUUCUGCGUGUAAGCGGCGAAAGCUUACAAAUAAAAGAACUACCAGAGACAUUGGAGCAUUUCGAACUGGUUAAUUCGCCUCCCGAAGCUAUACCGUGGGACAUCCUUCCAACGGUGCUUCGCAAGCUUCGCCUCACUCGUGUGGGGAUCCAAGAACUGCCCAAACAACUUGCCACGAGGUGUGCUGGCCUGCAUACCUUGUCAAUAGCGGAAAACGACCUCAAGAGCUGGGCGAGGCUGAUCGAAAGACUGCCGGGAAACUUGCAAAUGCUGGACAUUCGUAAGAACCCAUUGUCGCAGUUCCAGGAGGAGGCCGACCGCAGGUCCAUGACUGAGGUGGUGGCACUAGCGCUGCCGAGCCUCAAGCGAAUCUGUCUGUGA